GUUCGAACGCAGCCAACUGGCAUCCACCGCUAUGUUUAUUAACGUAUAAAUAGUAAAACGUAUGAAUGUCUUUAGUUAUUUCGAUGUUUUUCGUUAAAUCUGUUUUAUCUUGUGUUGUUUUUUUUGUGUGAUGAAAACGAACAGUGCGCUGGAUUACCGAUGUUUCGUCGUUCUUGUUAUGGCAACUUGGCUAGAGUUGCUGAAAUACGCUAGCGAACUUAUUUUCGAGGUAUUUUUAUGAACAUUUUUAAGGCACCCAUAGAUACAUCGAAAAAGCCAAUCGUGUGGGUCCUGGGAGGUCCCGGAUCAGGAAAGGGAACACAAUGCGACAAGAUCGUCGCCAAAUACGGGUUCACUCACCUCUCGACUGGAGACCUGCUCAGGGCUGAAGUCAAAAGCGGCUCGGAGAGGGCGAAAUGCCUUACCGCUAUUAUGGAAAGAGGCGAGCUUGUCCCUAAUGAAAUCGUCCUGGAUCUGCUAAAAGAAGCGAUCCUGGCCCGCGCUGAAGAAUCCAAAGGCUUCCUCAUCGACGGCUACCCUCGCGAGAAGUCACAGGGUAUCGCUUUUGAAGAGAACAUCGCUCCUGUUUCGGUGAUAAUAUACUUCGAGGCUUCCUCGGAGACGCUGACGCAGCGCCUUCUGGGCCGUGCCGCCAGCUCCGGCCGCGCCGAUGACAACGAGGAGACCAUCAAGCUCAGGCUGAAGACCUUCCUGGACAACAACGACCUCGUCCUGGCGCAGUACCCGGACAAACUCAGGAGGAUAAACGCGGAACGUCCUGUGGAUGAGAUCUUCGCGGAGGUACAGUCGAUCCUGGACCCGCUGGUCGCGUGAGCCGCGCCCGCGAGCCCCGCUUGAACCAUUCAACGAAAUGUACAAAAACUUAAUUAUAAUAAAUUGUUGAUUUUAU